GCUACACGUCCUCUACAGUAUGUCGUUGAAAGCGCGGGCAACUGUUUGAUGAGUGUACAAAUAUAAGCGGUGUUGCGAACAAUUUUGAAAAUAAAAACGAUAAAAAGUCUCACAUGUUAAUAAUGACACGACCAUUUAAAAGAUAGCGUCAGUGGGAGGAGUCCGCCCAUUAAUACUGGUACUUCAGUUCAGAUCAAAAUGCUCUUCAUUAAAUACAGACGUGUAUGGUGGAGGGUGAAGACGGUGUUGGUGAUCCUCCUGACAGUGGUAAUCGUUAGUCUCACAUUCGUCAGCCUGGCUUCUAUCAUCAGCCACCACUACUGGGUCGUGGUGAUGAUGCAGCGUAUGGCCGAGAGGACUAAGCUAGUGGACCACACCUGCCAUAAGUAUAGCAAUUUCCUCCUUCAGCAGUAUGCGGGAAGUUUGAAUGCAGAUCCUACACGAUGGUCAACAGUGAACAAGACCCUCCUGGCCAACCCUGAUGUUUUAGUCGACCGUCAACACCGUUUAGCCUGGUGUAAGGUCCCAAAGGUGGCAUCAACAUCACUGGUGCAUGGGCUUUUGCGGGUACUGGGCCAGGAGCAUCUGAUUAAUGAAAUACCCAGAGGGCAGUUACACACCCGUCUGCGACACCUAAUGCCUCACCCAGCACUACAAGAGGAUGUCUCCUUUUGUACCACCUUCAUGGUUGUCAGACACCCCUUCCAAAGAAUUCUUUCAGCCUACAGAGACAAGCUACAGAACAAGUGGGAAUACCACCAAUUCAAAAAGUUCAGGGACUUGUAUGGGAUGCCAAUCAUUCAACACUAUCGCAACAAACCACAGCCGCCAGAGUACAUAGACGUGCCCACUUUCUGGGAAUUCGUAGAGUAUCUGGUCUCUACCCCUGCAUCGGAUUACAAUGAGCACUGGCGUCCUUAUUACCUCGUCUGCACUCCCUGCCACCACCACUACUCUGUCAUCCUUCACCUGGAGGCAAUGGACGAGGAGACACAGUACCUUGUUCAUAUCACCAACCUUGAGGGCCUCAAACCUCUUUAUGUCCACACAACCAACCUUAGUGGCCCCAUUCCUCACUUCCACAAGGUGCCUGAUAAUCACAGAGCCAAAACCCAUGACCAUAUUCACAGCAAGAAAGCCAGCAGUGGAAAUCUUGACAGGAUGACUCAUUCUAAGAGAGACCAAGAUCACAAGUCUGCCCAGAAUAUUGAAGCAUUAUUAUUUUCCCAAAUUGAUAGAACACAACUGGUGAAGCUGUAUGAGAUAUACAAGGUGGAUUUUGAGAUGUUUGGCUAUGACCUCAGUCCCUAUAACACUUAUGUUAAUGCUACCAGUAAAUGAAGAAACCUCCCUGUACUCUUGACUUAAUAAACAAGGAAGUAGUUGUUGAUAAAAGUAUUUGACGGAGUUGAGGUCGUACUUUACAGUACAGUAUGCAAAAAAUAAAAAGGUGAGGAUACUGUAUAGCAAAUAAUUUUAUUCCAGCUGAAACUGAGUAAAAUUAGACUAGGAAUUAAAAGUAAAAUGAUGACCUGAAUAUACAUUACAACAGGACAUAACUGAUCAGAACUAAUAUGAUAACAAUUUAUGACAAAUUCCAUAAAAAAAAUCAAUAGCCUCUGAUUAGAAAGUAUAAAAGCAUUACAAGGUACCAGAGAGGAUUCUGGCAACCUUCAUGUAUCUAUACUGUAAACUAAACUCCACACAGUAUGAUUCACUAACUCAACAAGUCUCUCACAUACAGUACUACCUAUUUCAAAAGGUUGCUCAGUCAUCAUUAAUUAUAUCAGAACAAGUUUGUGUAUGAGGCUUCUGUGACCUGAAGGCUUUUAUAUGAGUUAUGGAUGAGUUUAAUAAGAAGCAUUAUUUAUGUAAUGUGGUGGUUUAGAGUUCAUUUGUUUUUCAUAAUACUUGGACAGGGUACAGGUAUUUUCAUAAACAGCAUCAGUAGCUGGUGGAGAAGUUUAACACCAAGCUUUUUGGAGUGAUGUCAGCUUUCACGAUAAUUCCUAUGCAGUACAGUAUAUUGAUUAUGAUUAAAGUACUAAAGGGGAAAAAUUAUGUAGAUGAUUAUUGAAAUGACAUACCAAUACUGUACAGUACAGAGGAUGUAUCACAAUGUCACGUCAUAACAUCAGGGACUAAUUCCUGGGGUCAUUACCAGUCAGAAAUGUAAUAUGAACAUUGGUUUGAUUCCUAAUGGUUAUGGAACUAUGGGGAGAACUAGUACAGUAAUUACAUGUGAGAGAUGUGUGUCACAUAGCAUCAGGUGUAUCUACCUCUCCUAUUCUUUUGCAGUGCAGCCUGAUUUGCCAGUACAGUACAGUACUAUAAGCUAUAUGAAAUCGAUUCAAAAAUUAAGAUUGUCCUUAUGAACCGUAAAGCAUCAUAAUGAAAGCUAGAGUCUCAGUAGUGCUUACACUAGCAAUGAGUGCAGUCAGUCAAGGUGUGCACAUGAGUUGCCUAGAGAUACGACACUCACGAAUGAGGAACAUGUACCGGCAGGUAUGCACUUUGUGUAUGGGUCAUGUGAUAGCAAUGCUUGUUAUUUGUCAUAUUGUUUUAAUUCCCUUGAUUAUAGUACAUACAUCUCCCCAUAGUAUAGCUUUGUAACCAUGGGAAUUGGAGCAAUGGUCAUAUUACAUUUCUGUCUGAUAAUGACCCUAGGCCCUGAAGUGAUAGCAUGGGAUUGUGAUACACCUUGUAUACUCAGACCUGAGUAGAACAUGAAUUUUAAAUAAGUCAUCCAGUUGUGAAAACUUGUGAAGGACGACAUAUAAACUGGACAUUUCCUUCAGGUUCCUUCAUUAAAAAUCUACUGUACUAUCCUGACAACUCUCCACAAGUAUUUUACCUAUAUAAUGCAGUAUACAGACACUCCCUGGGUUACAGAACACUCAGUUUACAGAAAUUUGAGGAUACAGAAUGGCUCCCAUAAGUCCCAUUAUAAAAUUUUUUGGGUUGCACAAGAUUUUCUGUUAUAACGGAAGGUAACUAGUACGGCGUAACAACACUAAAGUAUUUGUGGAGGAUUAUGCGAAAGGCAGGUGAGCGCAUCCCCUUGUGAGAUGCCAUCUGUGAUUCAGUACAGGGUACAGUACAUGUUUACCUUAAUGAAAGGUCAUUUUCGGUUUACAGAAAAUUCGGCUUACAGAUAAGGUCCAGGAACGGAACAUUUCCGUAAACCGGGGAGUGUCUUGUACAUGAUACAGUAUACAAAUAAUGCCAUCUCCUGUAAUUUUUAAUUGUUGAAGGACUAAUAUAAUUACAGUAUUAAUAUUCUUACAUGCUUAAAGACCUUAGUUGUUAAAACACAGUACAGUAGAACAUCAAUAUAAUGUGAGAUACGGUCCAAGAGAGGUCGCUUUAAACCGAAUUCACACUAAAUCGAAGUGUUGUUUAAAUGGAAUAAUUUAGUUUGGUACUUGAG